AUGUUUGCUAGUUAUGUAUGCCAGUCAACUCGUAUAGUUCCUGUUUUUUUUCCAGUAUUUAACAAAAAAUCAUUUACUAUGGUUAUACCACCACCAAAUGUUACUGGUUAUCUUCAUUUAGGUCAUGCUAUUAUAUGUACAAUUGAAGAUACACUUGCACGAUGGCAUCGUAUGUGUGGUGAUACUCUUCUUUGGGUUCCUGAUUGUAACCAUGCUGGUAUAGCAACACAAGUUGUUGUUGCUGAAAAAUAUUAA